AUGGACGGCGGAUCAUCCACGGAGCCGGCGCCGCCAUCAGCGUCUACCGCUGCGAUGUCAGCGCAGCAGCAUCCCCAGCCCACCAACACCGCCUCCACCUCGAUGGCGUCGGCUGCCGCACCCCUCACCAUGAACGACCAGGUCACCGCCUCCUCUUCGACCUCGACCCGGCCCGCAAUCAACCCUCGAUCACGACGAGGUCGCAACGUCCCCGCCUCGCGUGUCACCUCGGACGCGCUCCGCUCGCGCGUCACCUACAUCGCCCCCACGUCCCACAUCAUCCUCAAGCUGCCCUCGGGCCGCCUCAAGUCGACCGAGCUCGCCCCCGGAAAGCAAGUCAACCUCGGCAAGUUUGGCAGCUUCAAGGCGGACGACAUCAUUGGCAUGCCCUUUGGCUUCACCUACGAGAUCGCAGAUGCAAACACCCUCAAGCUCGUCAUGAACAGCACCCUCGCCGAGCUCGAGGAGACGGAUGCCACCAACGAAAACAUCCACGACGACGGCACCGCCCAGAAGCUCACCUACGUCGACAUCCAGGCGCUCAAAGAGGCCGGCAUCACGGGUCGCGAGAUCAUCCAGAAGCAGCUCGAGGGCAGCGAGAGCUUCAAGGACCGAACCGUCUACAGCCAGGCCAAGUACGUCCAGCGCAAGGAGCAAAAGCACCUGAAGCUCUUCACGCCCCUCUCGCCAGACCUCGGGACGAUCUGCAAGUACAACUUUGAAAAGAACCCGGACAAGAUCCGGUGGCUGCGUCCGGACGCGCUGGCCCAGUGCCUCUCGUUUGCCAGUGUGCGGCCCGGCGGGCGGUACCUGGUCGUCGACGGCGUCUCUGGCCUGCUGACGGGUGCUGUGCUGGAGCGCCUGGGCGGCGACGGCACGGUGCUGUGCAUCAACGACGCCGAGUCGCCGCCGGCGUUUGACGUGCUGUCGCAAUUCAACUUUUCGGAUCAGUACACUCGGCACACGCUCAAGGUCAUCCACUGGGCCGCCACCGAGCGCGACUACCGGCCCGUCUUUGUGGGGCAAGAGGAGCAGAUCCAGGCGAUCGACGGCAGCGCAUCGGCGGGCGCGGCGGCGCAGCAACAGGGCAAGAAGGCCAAGGACAAGGGGCGUGAGCGCAAGCGACAGGCGACGGCGCGCGAGAUGGAGCGGAACCGCGCCGAGUACUUCCGGGGCGACUUUGACGCGCUGCUGGUGGCGUGCCACUACCAGCCGCAGAGCAUCCUGGAGCGCGUCAAGGGCGCGAUUGGCGGCUCGGGCAGCGUCGUGGUGCACAGCCCCUUUUUGCAGCCGCUGACCGAGUGCCACUCGCACCUGCGGGCGUCGGAGGAGUUUGUCAAUAUCUCGGUCACGGAGCCAUGGAUGCGGAGGUACCAGGUGCUGCCUGGACGCACCCACCCGGAGAUGACGACGUCGGCCACCGGCGGCUUCAUCCUGCACGCGCUCCGUGUGCUGCCCGAGGGCGAGGCGCAGGCCAUGAAGGAGGCGAGGCAGGCUGAGCUCGAGGCCCUCGCAGCGGCCGAGACCGAGCAAGGAGCAUCCGCACCCGCACAGGCGCCGGCGCCGGAUGCGGGCGCGUCCGCAUCGGCGACGAUAGAGGCGGCGGGCAAGAGAACGGGAUCCGAAGACGACCGGGAGGCGAAGCGGGUCAAGCGGCAAGAAGGCGAGGCGGCGGCGGCGACGGCCCAAGAUGCCGAUGCGACGAUGGACGACGAGGUGGCGGCUGCGGGGACAGCGACGGCAGGGGAACCAGCAGGGGAGACGGCUUGA